UCCCAAUUCUCUCUUCACACCAAAUACUCACCCUUCUCUCUCCGCCACAUGGCUGACAAACAACCCCAUUUGAACGGCGCCUUCUACGGCCCCUCCGUCCCUCCACCCACAAAGACCUACCACCGCCACGGCCACGGCCGAGGCUGCGCCUGCUGCCUCCUCAGCACCAUUAUCAAGCUCAUCAUUGGCAUAGUGGUGGUGGUUGGCAUAGCGGUGUUGAUAUUAUGGCUCGUAUUCCGUCCCAAUAAGCUCAGGUUCGACGUCACCAGCGCCGAACUCACCCAAUUCAACUUCACCGGCAACCAGCUCCAUUACAAUCUCGCUUUAAACCUCACCAUUAGAAACCCCAACAAGCGAAUUGGAGUGUACUACGACGCCAUCGAAGCCUCCCCCUUUUACAAGGACCAGAGGCUUAACACCCAAUGGCUGCCGCCCUUCUACCAAGGCCACAAGACCACCACCGUCGUAACCCCUCAAUUCAACGGCCAGCAGCUCGUCCUCCUCGGCGCCCAGGAGCUGACAGAGUUCAACGCCGAGAAACUCGCCGGCGUGUUCAACAUCGACGUCAAGUUCCGUCCACGGUUGAGGUUGAAAUUGGGCGCCGUUAGGAUUGGGAAGUUGAAGCCAAAGGUCAACUGCGAAUUGAAGGUUCCAUUGGAAUCAAGUGCCACCUCUUUUACUUUCUUUCAGGCCACUCGCUGCAAUUUCGAUUUCUGAUUGGCCACCUCCGGUUUUUUGACUCGGUCAACUUUUGGCGAUUGUUUUGACUGAGUCAACUCUAAUUAUUUCCAUUAUUGUUUUUUUGUUUUUAUAUUCAUUUUUUUAUGUUCAUAUGAAUAAAUAUUCUAGUUUUUGUAUA